CUUGUUAUCUAUCCACUCCGUCCCGUGGUUUUACUUGAAAAUGUCGUUUUUGGCACUCUUCUUGUCAGCUGCGAGGCUCGCCGGAGUCCUGGCGACUCUCACUGUUGCUGCUAACGCUUUCUCCUUUGAGCGUUAUCGGAGAAAGAAUCUACGGCAGUUCAAGUCUCCAAUUGACGAGUCUUCUGAUAUUCUGGCGUCUUUUAAUGUUAAUGAAGAAGAAAACCAGUUUUUCUUUGGAUUGGCCACAGCGCCAGCCCAUGUUGAAGACAGGCUUAAUGAUGCUUGGCUCCAGUUUGCAGAGGAAAGCCCUUGUGACCGCUCACUGUCUCAUCAGAGCCUGGAACCUGCAGAUGCACUGAUGGGUUCAGCUACUGGUGAUGGUGGGUCUCAGGAAGCUCCAAUUUCUGGAAAGGAAAUUAACAAGAUAGUAAAGAAGAAGAAGCAUCUUAAGAUAGCUAUGGAAGCUAUGAUUAGAGGAUUUCAGAAGUACACAGAAGAAGAAGUGCCUGUUCCAAAUGAAGAAUGCCAUCAUAAUGUAGCUGCUUGGCACAAUGUUCCUCACCCGGAGGAGAGGCUAAAAUUUUGGUCUGACCCUGACACAGAGUUGAAGCUGGCAAAAGAUACUGGUGUUAGUAUUUUCCGGUUGGGAAUAGAUUGGACGCGAAUUAUGCCAGCAGAGCCUGUCAAUGGACUUAAAGAAACUGUUAAUUUUGCAGCUCUGGAGCGAUAUAAGUGGAUCAUCAAUAAGGUUCGUUCUUAUGGAAUGAAGGUGAUGUUGACCCUUUUCCAUCACUCAUUGCCACCGUGGGCUGGUGAAUAUGGGGGAUGGAAGCUUGAGAAAACUGUUGAUUACUUCAUGUAUUUUACUAGGCUCGUUGUUGACAGUGUGUCAGAGCUGGUAGACUAUUGGGUGACAUUUAAUGAGCCUCAUGUUUUCUGUAUGCUUACUUAUUGUGCGGGUGCUUGGCCUGGUGGUCAUCCUGAUAUGUUAGAGGUUGCCACUUCAGCAUUACCUACUGGUGUUUUCAACCAGGCCAUGCAUUGGAUGGCUGUUGCACAUGCAAAAGCAUAUGACUAUAUCCAUCAACAAAGGACCUCAUCGAGUUCAAUAGUUGGAGUCGCACACCAUGUAUCUUUUAUGCGGCCAUAUGGUCUCUUUGACGUUGCUGCUGUUUCCUUGGCUAAUUCUCUUACCAUUUUCCCAUAUGUGGAUAGUAUCUCUGAUAAGUUGGAUUUUAUAGGCAUAAACUACUACGGACAGGAAGUGGUCUGUGGAGCUGGACUGAAACUAGUGGAGACUGAUGAAUAUAGUGAAUCUGGGCGUGGGGUAUAUCCUGAUGGCUUAUUCCGCAUGCUGGUUCAGUUCCAUGAGAGGUAUAAACAUCUAAAGCUGCCAUUCAUCAUUACCGAGAAUGGUGUCUCAGAUGCAACAGAUGUUAUUCGUCGGCCAUAUUUGUUGGAGCAUUUACUUGCUAUUUAUGCGGCAAUGACCAUGGGUAUCCCUGUGCUUGGUUACCUGUUCUGGACUAUUUCUGACAAUUGGGAAUGGGCUGAUGGAUAUGGUCCCAAGUUUGGACUUGUGGCAGUUGAUCGUGAAAAUGGUCUUGCACGAAUUCCACGACCUUCAUAUUAUUUGUUUUCCAAGGUGGUGACAACUGGUAAGAUCACACGUGAAGACCGGGCACAAGCGUGGUAUGACCUCCAAAGAGCUGCUAAAGAGAAAAGAACACGGCCGUUUCAUCGAGCAGUUAACAAACACGGUUUAAUGUAUGCAGGAGGGCUUGAUGAGCCCAUACAGCGACCUUUUAUUGAAAGAGAUUGGCGAUUUGGACACUAUGAGAUGGAAGGUCUGCAGGACCCUUUAAGCCGCUUGGCAAGAUGGUUUUUACAACCAUUUGGCAUUAGAAAGAGAAGAAAGCAUGGAGUGGACGAUGAUGAAUUCGUCCUCCAAACUCUUGAACAUACCGUGUGAUUGCUUAUUCAUGCUUUUGCAACACAAUAUGCUAUUCCUCAUUUAAUUACAUAAACAUACAUUACUGUCA